GACUCCGUUUCCAGUGAGAGUACGCAGCUAUGAAAGAUAUUGCGCGGGCUCGAUAUCUCAAUUGUGACGACAGCAGUUAUUCGUUGUGUUUCCUGGUCCUUUCAAGACUUUGUCACUAGUAAUCCCUCAGGUCAUCCCAGGAUCGUGCAUGUGCUCUCUACAUUAGAGCCAAUCGAAUGAUGGCUGAGACCAAUAUCAUCGUUAUUGGGGCCGGAGUCCUCGGCCUCACGAGCACCCUGGUUCUAUCCAAGCAUGCAAACUUCAAGAUCACCGUCGUGGCAAAGCACAUGCCCGGCGACUAUGAUAUUGAGUACGCAUCACCUUGGGCUGGUGCCAAUUAUCUCCCAGUAGGCGAGCCUGGGACAGAGUUAUGCCGCUACGAGCGUGAUACUUGGGCUGAACUAGACCGGCUGGUCAAGAACGUGCCGGAGGCUGGGAUUCACCAUCAGCCCACGGUGUUGUAUAAGCGUGCAAAAGAUGCGAGCUCCGUAAUGUCGCAGAAAGACCCUUGGUUCAAGAAUACAGUAGCUGACUUCCGCAUCAUCCCCUCUUCCGAGUGUCCUGCCGGUUGCGAGUACGGCACCGCCUUCACCUCCGUCUGCAUCAACACCGCCAUCUACCUCCCCUGGCUCCUCGGCCAAUGCGUCAAGAACGGCGUCGUCUUCAAGCGCAGCAUCCUCUCCCACAUCAGUGACGCCGCCGCCCUACAUCACUCCGGAACCCCCGCUUCCAUCACCAUCAACUGCACCGGGCUCUCUGCCGGUAAGCUAGGUGGCGUCAUGGACCCCACCGUCUUCCCAGGCCGUGGGCAGAUCGUGCUCGUCCGCAACGAGCCCGGCGUCAUGGGAGGCCUUUCCGGCACCGACGAUGCCGCCGAUGAGAUCACGUACGUCAUGCAGCGUGCGGUUGGCGGCGGGACGAUCCUGGGCGGCUGUCUUCAGAAGGAUGUGUGGGAAUCCCAGCCAGAUCCGAACCUCGCGGUGCGGAUUAUGAAGCGCUGUGUGGAGUUCUACCCCGAACUUACGAAUGGUAAGGGUAUUGAAGCGCUCAGUGUGAUCCGCCAUGGUGUAGGGCUGCGGCCGAUGCGAAGGGACGGCCUGCGCGUCGAAAAGGAGAAGAUAGAGGGGAACUGGGUUGUUCACUGCUACGGGCACGCUGGGCAGGGCUAUCAAAGCAGUUAUGGCAGUGUGGCGGAGGUGGAAAGGUUGGUGGAGAGCAUUGUGGGAGAAAGGGCGAGAUUGUAAGUGUGUUAGGGCCAUAGCGCUAGAUCAUCGGUAUGUGUCGUCUUCCUGUCUUUUUUCGGAGUGUUAGAUGAACGCGUUCGUGGAGCUUGUGGUCAUCAGUGCCGCGGUGCUCACCGCACUACACCAGACAGCCAACGUAUUUCCGCUUAAAUAUGAAGCUACAGUCCCAGAAUCCUUCCAUCUCCCGCUACACAAAAGAGAAAGAACCCCUCAAAAUUCCAAAGCUCAUUGCUCAAAGAGCGAGAAUAAAUAUUUUUCAGCUUCUCUAGCGGUGUUUGACGUAACCUGAUCGACUAUUCAACGUGGAUACGGUACAGGCCUACUUAAUCCAAAGUAGCCACAUCAACGCCGCAGAUAGUUUUAAGAUCUUAGAAUCGCCUUUGCUCGUCCGGAUCUCCCAUAGCGCAUUCAAUACAGUUUCCCUAUUUC